AAUGGUGGAUGGUCGGAUUACCGCCACACUCAAUCUGAAGAAUGUAGCGUGACCUGUGGGAGAGGGACGAAGCUCGUGUCCUACGCUAGAGAGUGUAACAAUCCCUCACCCCAGGGCUAUGGAACAAAUUGUGAAGGUGAUAGCACGAAGAGUGAGCUAGUUGCUUGUAAUGAAAAUUCUUGUCCAGUUAACGGAGGAUGGCAUGAGUUCACGAUUUGGAAUGAUGAUGAUGAAUGUAAUGUCUUUUGUGGUGGGGGUACGAAGGAGCAGACCCGACGUAGGACCUGUACUAACCCUGCCCCAGCGAACGGUGGAUCUGAUUGUGAAGGGGAUUCUGCUGAACAUCGAAUUAUUCAGUGUAACACAGGUGCUUGUGGGGGUAAGUAG